AUGGAAUCAAUCAUAGUAGCCCUGGCUGCGGGAGUUAUCGCCCUCGUGUUUGCAGCCCUCAUAGCGUGGCGAGUCAUUCGCGCCGAUCAGGGCAAUGCGACCAUGAUCGAGAUCGGCGAUGCCAUUCGAACUGGAGCGUCCGCAUUUUUGCGUCGCGAGUACCUGUCGUUGGUGCCAUUCGUAGUCGUAGUAGCAAUCGUGCUUGGUGUAAUGGAUUACACUGUCUUCGAGCACGAUUUGGGAGUGCCUGCUACCGCCAUAUCAUACCUGGUGGGCGCAAUAUGCUCGGGAUUGGCGGGCUUCAUCGGGAUGAGCGUAGCGGUGAGGGCUAACAUUCGCACUGCCGCAGCCGCCAUGAUCGGUCUCAAUCCCGCUCUGCGCGUCGCUUUCUCCAGCGGGACGGUAAUGGGUGUAACCGUGGUGGGCAUCGGCCUGUUGGGCGUCACCAUCCUGUUCCUCAUAUUUCAGGACAUCAGCGCGGUGGCCGGUUUCGGUUUCGGGGCCAGCUCCAUCGCUCUGUUCGCCCGCGUGGGUGGCGGAAUCUUCACCAAAGCCGCUGACGUUGGAUCCGACCUGGUCGGCAAGGUGGAAGCCGGCAUACCCGAAGACGACCCGCGCAACCCCGGCGUGAUCGCCGACAACGUGGGUGACAACGUGGGUGACGUUGCCGGCAUGGGCGCCGACCUUUUCGAGUCCUACGUUGGCAGCAUCAUAUCGGCCGUCGCCCUGUCGGCCAGCGCCGUGGCUCUGGCGGCCGGAGCCGGCGUAUUCCAUUCCCAGGCGGUGUUUCCGAUGCUGCUGGCCGGCGCCGGUAUCAUUGCUGCCAUCCUGGGAACAUUCGUCGUGCGCAGCGGUGAACAGGCAAAUUUUGAAAAGUUGUUGUGGGCGUUGCGGUACGGCAUCUUUGCGGCCGGCGGAUUGCUGAUCAUCUUCGCCGCCAUCCUGACCUUUUUCAUGACUGACAACUGGUACUGGUUCGGUUGCGUGGUGGCCGGUCUAGUCGCUGGCACCAUCAUUGGCCUGGCUACCGAAUACUACACGUCAUACAGCUACGGUCCUACCAGAAGGGUCUCUGCAGCGUCUGAGACUGGCGCCGCCACAGUCAUCAUCAGCGGCAUCGCAACCGGCAUGAUGAGUACCCUGAUACCGGUGAUCUGCGUGUCAGUCGCCAUCCUGCUGGCCUACUGGUUCGCCGGAUUCUACGGCGUUGCACUGGCAGGCGUGGGUCUGCUAUCGACGCUGGGCAUCACCCUGGCGACCGACGCGUACGGGCCGGUGGCUGACAACGCCGGCGGUAUCGCUGAGCAGGCCAAUCUCGAUCCCCAGGUUAGGGAACGCACCGACGCGCUGGAUGCGCUGGGCAACACCACUGCGGCCACCGGCAAAGGAUUUGCCAUCGGCUCGGCUGCGCUCACCUCGCUGGCGUUGCUGGCCGCUUACUCGGUGAGCGCCGGAUUGAUCACACUGGACGAAAGCGGGAAGCUGGUUGCCGGUGGGCCCGGCAUCAACCUGUUGCAACCGCAAAUUCUGGUGGGCCUGGUUAUCGGCGCGAUGCUGCCCUUCAUCUUCUCCGCCCUGACUAUGCAGGCAGUCGGCCGCGCGGCUCAGGGCAUCGUGGACGAGGUACGUCGUCAGUUCCGCGAGAUUCCUGGCCUGAUGGAAGGAACCGCCAAACCUGACUCGGCACGCUGUGUCGACAUCAGCACGCGCAGCGCUUUGCGGGAGAUGAUUAUCCCCGGCCUCAUGGCGGUCGUGGCCCCUAUUGCCACCGGAUUCAUUCUGGGGGAGGCCGCACUGGGCGGAUUGCUCAUCGGAUCAGUGGCAGCCGGAUUCAUGCUGGCCAUCAUGAUGGCCUCGGCCGGCGGCUCCUGGGACAACGCAAAGAAGUACGUCGAGCUGGGUAACUACGGCGGGAAGGGCUCCGAUGCCCACAAGGCGGCCGUAGAAGGCGAUGUGGUCGGCGAUCCGUUCAAGGACACCUCCGGCCCCAGCCUGAACAUCCUGCUCAAGUUGAUGGCCAUCGUUUCGCUGGUGUUCGCACCGGCUUUCGUUGCAGUGAACGACCUUAUCAGCCUGUAG